AGUGAAAAAAGGGUUGGGGGGAUAAGAAACGGUCGGGUCCAAAGACCGAGAGCUGAGCAUCGCUGCAGUACGGGAUGAAGGCAGCAACGGAGGCAGCAAAGGUUCACCUCGUCGAUCGACCUGUACCAUAGUUGUUGACCAUGACAAGGCUAGACAUUGCAGACGUCGAUGAAGAGGAAAAACUGGAGCUUCUGCGCGAACUCCAAAAUCUGUCCCCUCUUCACAACCUGGUUGUGACUGGAGCUCCUCUGGAAGUCGUUCAGCUCGUCUAUGAACAUGAUAAAUCUCAAAUAACCAAGGAUAUCUUUCUUGAUGCCUGCAGGCACAAUGCCAGCCCAGUGGUGAUGGAGUUUCUGAAGAGUCUGCUGCCAACAGAUGCAUGUACAGAACGAGAAGUUUCUGAUGCAAUGCAUCAUAUCAUUCAUGAAAGAGAUGGACACAACAAUCAAGACGACAGGUUUCGUGUGCUCCUUUCCUGGUGUCCACAAGCUGCACGACUAUCUUCCAGCAGAUAUUAUUGUAAAAGAGACAGUCCCUUGGUUACUAUCUGCGAGUCGAACAAUACUCAAAUAUCUGAGGAUUUAAUUGCUGAAAUUGUUCAGAGUAUUCCCGACAAUGUCAAGAAAAUAGAUAUUCCAAUAGACUACAGAAGGCGUACUGGCAGACAACAUCGAGUUUUGAGAGCUGCAUUGAGUGCCAAACUCAAAGAAACGACAGCACUUGAACAUUUGACCAUGCAACUAUACCACCAAUAUCAGAUUGAUAGAGAUUCCAGGGACACAAUAUGCGGCCUUUUUUCCUCCGGGACAUUGGAGGCUCUCACUGUUACUAUGAAGAACAAAGCAUCUGAUGGUUUCUUAGUGCCAUUUUUUAAUGCCAUUAAAGCAGCUGGGAAUGCCUCAAAUCUCACAAAGCUCCAAAUUCACCUUGUUGGCACACCACUGGAAGUAAUAAAGUUCUACCAGGAUCAGUUGAUUGAGGUCUUGAAGACAAACACAUCUCUGACACAUGCAGAUGUUUUUCAUACAGGGUGUUCAGGCACUACAUGUAGGAACAAUGAUGAGCUUUCUGGCAAAUGGAAAAUUAUCAAAUACUUCAAUGAACUGAAUCGCUAUGGAAGAAGCGUUAUGCGAGACCCGGAUAAGUCUCUGCGGGAUGUGGUUGAAAAGUUGGCGGCCUGCACAAGUCAAUCCAGGCCUGGUUUGUCUGUGCUGUAUGGUCUUCUUCGGGACUCCCCUGGAAAGUGGAGUGAUCCAGUUGCGCAACUAGAGAAAGAGAAGGCACCAGCUGGGAACACUCCAAAUCGUAAACGGAAAGCCAAUUCACUUGACUGAGAAAUCUUUGGACCUAGUGUUUUUUUGGGCUGCGUGACGCUCAUUGCCCAUUUCAGGACCUUGCUGUCAUAACAUGCCCCCCUCCCUCAUCAACAUCAUGAUGGUGCUCCUUGCCACAAUAGGGACCAGUAAUCUUCAUAGUACCCUGCUCCCUCAGAGCAACAGGAAUGCCAAAAUAUUCCUCCUUAGAAAGGGAGCCGGCUCUACAUCAAUAGUACUAACUUGAAAAUUCACGAACAUUGCCC